AUUACCUUUCAGUUGGACCAGUAACAAUAUGUAAUACCCGUCCAUUUAUUGUAUGCGAUCGAGAAGAAUGCGCAGAUUUAAAAAAAAACAUGAAGUCUUUCCCACGGUUAUCUCUUUAUAACGAAAUUGCUAAAAACUAUUUUUUUAACUGUGUUCAUUAUUAUGAAGGUUGUAUGGAGAUUUUUUCUUUUUCCAAAAAUGUAGAAGAACAUGAAUCUAUAUGUAAAUUUAAAAAAUUGUACAAAUGUUCGUCAUGUUCCAUUCAGGGGAAUGCUUGUCAAUUAAUUCAACACUAUAAACAAAAUCAUCCCGAUAGUAUGGCUUAUGAGGGCGUAUUUCAGUUGAAAACCAACAAGAUUUUACUUCAUACAGAUCAACAACUUAUGUCAAUAUCAAUGUCAGUACUAAACAAUACUUUAAACAUAUCAUGCAAGCAACUUAAUAAAUGUUCUGUGGUAUCGAAGUAUAAAAUAAUAAUAUUUCAUCCAAACUCCGAUAUUGAGUUUGCUUCGAAAUUUAUUGAUAUAAAAACAGAGUCGUAUUCAAUAGUUUUACAUGACUUACCACAGUCUCUUUCUACAUCUAUACUUUUUGGAGCAAUAAAACUUUAUUGUGAAGAUCAGGUGAAAGGACCUAUUGCUAAUCUGAAAAAACCAAUAGGUGAUAUUCAUUCACAAAUUCUUAAGAAAAUUAUUGACUUAUAUUUGAAAUCAGAACUUGUAUGUUGCCACUGCAACAAUAUAAUCAAGUUAAAGUCAAGUGCGGUAUUUUGCCCGCAAAGUCACGUGAAGUGCACUGAUUGUAUCGACGAUUAUUGUACGAUUUGUGACUCUCAUUGCCAUUGGCUGAACAUGGAAAACUUGCUUCAAGAUUUUAAAUUGCCAUGUGAUUGGAGAAUGUGUACUAACCAAAUCGUAUAUUCGGAUUUUCCUAUACACAAACAAAUCUGUUAUUACAGGGAAUACACUUGUCCUGAACCGGGAUGUAAGUUUAAAGGAAUUAGGGGACACCUUGAAAUGCAUUGGCAUUCCAUUAUUCCAUUAAUAUUUGGAUCAAAAAUGAUCAUUGAAUUACGCCAAAGUUUAUAUUGGAUUACAGAUAAUUUCUAUGAUUUGUUCUUAAUUCAAUUUAGGACUAUUGGAGACGACAUUAUUUUUGAAGUUGAUGAAAAGUUUGCACGUUUUAAAUAUAAUUAUAGACUAGAAUUAUGGCGCAAAAAAGAAAACGAAAAUCAGUACAGAAAGUUUUUAACAAUUGCACAAAAAGGAUCCACUAAAACGCAUAUAUCUGCUCGUCCAACGUAUUAUAAAUAUAAACUUGUUAUUAAAUUGGAUAAUCCAAUGUAAUUAGAAGAUGUAACUGAAAAUAUUAUAUCUUCAUAGAGAAAUUAGUGCUGUCGACAGGGGCGUACAACGGCCUUCUUUAUUUAGAUGAACUUACUUAAGUUUUAUUUAUGUAGUUUGACCCGUAGAACAAGAAUUUUGUGGGUAGUCGUUGAUCCGGAUGUCAAUUAGAUUGUUAUGAACAAAGAACUUGCAGAAUUACAUAACAGCGAUUUUCCGCGAAACAAAACAUUUUUUUGCAUUUUGUCAUUCUAAGCUAAAAUUAUUCUUACAAGUUUUUUCGUAGGGCGUAUAGUUUUCGUUAGAUAAACGUGGUUGAACUUUCACAAAAUUGAAAAAAAGACAUUUUUUUGCUUAAAAAGAUCAACUGUAACGCAAAAAAAUUCGUCUUUUACGAGUCAAAAUACAUAAAAACUUGUAAGCCCAUCUAAAUAAAGGAGGCCGUUGUACCCCUCCUUUCGACAACACUAAAUAGUAGAAUCGAUCGUUUUCUUAAAGUAUUUUUGUGAAAGCCAGUUUUAAAAGUUCAAAUUUUCUUACAAAUUUCCAAAAUAUCCUUAUAAAUGAGAAGCCUCAUAUUUAUAUUUUGUGAGUAGUCAUCUUAUUCUGCAGGAACUACUUAUAGACCAGGGCGCAUCUGUAAAAAUAUUAGUACAUUUGGACGUUGAGAGGUGAAUCAAAUUUUU